AUGAUGAAAAUGGCAGGUGACAAAGAGAGCGGACACCAACGGUGGGACGUGGAAGAGCUGGAACUGGAGAUCACAAGGGGAUUUGUUUCUGAAUGGGGCAUACUUCAGAGCAUCAGGAGCAGGAGCAGGAGCCAGCUACACCAGAGCUUCCAGCUUAGGAGCAAAGCCAUCAUCCUUGGUUGGCAUGAUGACUUCCACUGCCGGUGCUUUGGGUUGUCGCAGGGGCCGCUCGUGUUGAUUAAACAAAACAACACCCUAGCUAACGAAACAAAAUCAUAUAAUUACACCAAAAGGGAACCCAAGUGA